AUGGUAAGUGUGGGAGUCAGCACAGAGCCCUGCCAUACCAGGUGGGAGGUAGAGACAGAUGAAAUUGUCCUACAGCGGAGGCAAAAGCAGAUAGAUUAUGGCAAGCGCACACCUGGUUACCAGUGCUUUCUGCAGCAGGUCCCCAAGACACAGCGACAGCCAGGACUUCACCCUCAAACACCAAACAAAAAUAGGAGGUACAGUCGCCGCUCCUGGGAUGCCCAGAUCAGGCAGUGGAGAAGAGCCCUACAUUCCUGGGAUCCCCCCAGCCAACCUCUGCAGGGCACGGGGGCUAAAGGGCAGGGAAUGAAGAGUCUCUUAGAGCCAGUGGAUUCCUCCCUUUUGAAUAACCUCCUGGAUGACUGGUUCCAACCCCUGGAAUCUUCACAAUAUGGAUGGAGACCAGAGGGAGCCCAGGUAUUUGCAGACUUGGUGGCUCCUGCCUUCUCCCUUCCCUGGCUCUGUGAAGAAGAUCCCCACCACUGGUUCUACUUUCUGGCUGAUCACAGUUACUUAUCUGUCCCAGACUUGAGUGAGGCACAGAAUAUUUAA